AUGUCUUUUCACGACCGACAAAAGCUCAACAAGGGAAUAUCGGGGUCUCAGGGCGGUGCUUUGAGGACCCAUUCUUUCAUCUGCAAUUGCAACUCCAAUGCAAUCAUUCUAAAGCUUCCGACGAGAUAUGGCGAUACUCGGAGUCUUCUUUCAAGAAAAAGACAUUUCUCUGAUGACAUCUCUUCUAAUGUAUUAGGGAGCCCGCCUGGAGAGCAACUUCUCUGCCGGCUUAAGCCGAGAUAUUGGUUUGCGGCACAUCUGCAUUGCAAAUUCAGCGCUUUAGUUGAGCAUCCGGAAUCUGACAAAUACACUCGUUUCCUAGCCUUAGACAAAUGUCUGCCGCGACGUGAUUAUCUUCAGUUCCUCGACAUAGAGCCUACAAGUGAUCACGUCUUCAUUGACACGAUUGUUUCGCGCCAACUCUCUACUGUUGAGAACCCUAAUUCAUCUCCAACUAUGAAAAACGAGACCGUGGGUGAAUCACCUGAUCUGUUCCCAGGGUAA